CAAUAAUCCACGACGUGUGCCUUGAGUAUCAGCUCGGCAAGUUCGGUGGUAUGUCAGUGUGAACACCGAUCCCGGCCCGGGCAACAUGAUUCCCAUCAGUUCCUUCUCCAAGCGGCAGAUUCUAACUCUGGUUGUCUUCAGCAUUGCAGACUUCUGCAACGCAAUAUGUGUAUCCCUACAAGCUCCAUUUUAUCCCAGAGAAGCUGAACUGAAAGGAGCUACCGCCGCGGAGUAUGGUCUUGUAUUUGGUGUUUUCGAGUUGGUCGUCUUCGUCAUAAGUCCCGUCUAUGGCUCUCAAAUACAUAGGCUUGGGCCAAAGCUUAUGUUCAAUGGCGGCAUUCUCACCACAGGAAUUUGUGCCAUACUCUUUGGGCUGCUGGACAGGGUGGAGGGGCACUACCCCUUCAUCGUUCUAUCCUUCGUGAUCCGAGUGGUGGAGGCGAUGGGGAACGCCGCCUUUCUCACCGCUUCCUUCGCCAUUAUCGCCAUGGAGUUCCCGAACAACGUUGCCACCACAUUCGCAUUCCUAGAAACGUUCUUUGGCCUUGGACUGAUCGUUGGGCCUACCGUAGGCGGUGCACUUUAUGAGCUCGGAGGAUACCAAUUGCCCUUCAUGGUGCUUGGAACAGGUCUGUUCCUGGCGGCGCUUAUGACGUUCUUGGUGUUGCCGGGGCAUUCGGACCAAGAUGUGGAGGGAAGAACCGGGGCCAGUCUCCUGCAAGUUUUGAGGAUCCCAGGCGUGUUCCUGGCGGCGUGCAGCAUUGUAGUCACAUCCCUCAGCAUCAACUUCCUGUCUGCCACUCUUGAACCGCACCUCAGGCAGUUCAACUUCAGCCCCAUGUUGCUUGGUGUGAUGUUUGUCAUCAAUGGGGGAACGUAUGCCGUGACUGCACCCUUCUGGGGCUGGUUGGUAGACAAGAGGAUGAAACCGAAGACAGCGAUCCUGAUUGGCUGUGUCCUUCUCAUCAUCAGCUUCCAACUCGUUGGGCCCGCUCCAUUCUUGCCCAGCCCGCCGCCCGGCUCCACAGAAUUACUAGUCACAAUCAUCAUUGGUCUGGUGAUACAUGGACUGAGUAUCGCGUCCCAGCUCGUAGCCUGCUUCACUGAUGCGCUUAGAGAUGCUGUAGCGCACGGGUUUCCCAACAACAUCGAGACGUACGGACUCAUCUCGGGACUGUGGACAUCCACGUUUGCCUUCGGCGCCUUCAUCGGACCAUCAGUGGCUGGUUUUCUGUACGACGCCAUCGGGUUCCGCAACAGCACCGUCUUCGUUGUCAUCUGCGGUGGCAUAUUGGGAGUAUUUGUGCUGGUAUUCCUGAUCUGCACGCGGCCUAAGGGGUUGUACAAAGAAGUGCUGCCGGACGGAAGUGAGGAAGACUUAGUCAAAAAGUCACUAGGCUCCCAGAACGGGUUAUCAGACCAAUAUCACAACUUCAUGGGAUCCUCUCAGAGUAUUUCCUGUGCGCCCGGCAUGUCUGGCUACAUCACGGGCAACAGUUACCGUAACAGACUAGGUGAGUUGCACAUGAGGCAAAGUGACACAUUGACCCAUUACGGCUCCAGCUAUGGCAGCGUGGACAGACGUGCCAGUCUGGACCAGCGGAGAGGGUUCAGUCCGAGGGGGAGUGUCGACUAUCGUAGUGGCAGUGGCGUAGAGUCCGCGGCCUGACCAAACCACUCUUUGUCUUUAGAGACCACUCUCUUCUCCGGUUAACGGACGUCAUCUGCUCUCGAUCACAUCUCGGGUGCUAUUACCAGCUCGGUUUCGUGCACUCUACAUAGUUUUAUCGCGAAGUGAUAUAAAAACGUUUGUUAUGUUAAAACGUAUAUAAUUUAAAAUUUAUCAUAGUUGUUAUUUAUUAUAUCCUGUUACUUGUUUCUUUUAAUUAUGUUGUGUUGUGCUUUUUAAUGAAAGUUUUAAAUGUUUUCCAUAUUAUUUAACUAUAAUUUGUCUUCUUUUUAGAUACUAGAAAAUUGUUCAAGAAUAAUUCUCUAGAAUUAAAAAUCAGUCAUUGAAUUCACUAUGCCUAAAACACGUUGUAUAGUUAGUUAUUUUUAAUUGCAAAAAUAAACACAGUAUUUUUUAUGAAGGUGAAAACAAUA